AUGCCCAUUGAUUAUGUGAGGAUGUCUGAAAAUGCUGCUAGAAUAUUCAAAGAUGCAGUGGAUUCCUAUAAUCCGAAGAGGCUUCAUAAUGAUCUAAGGAUUUGGUUCAAGAUUUUUCUAGGAAGAUUUUAUCACAGAAACUCCAUAAACUAUUCUGAUUACAUCAACAUUGAUCAGAAAUAUCUUCUCAUUUUCAUCCAGGCUGGAGUCAAAGUUAAUCUACCAGAAAUAUUAUUCAACUAUCUAAAGUACACUAUUGUCAAGACUAGGGACAAUGGUUCUAAAUCUAGAAAAUGGGUCCCCAUAAGAAGACUCGUGUAUGAUAUUAUGGUGGAGAGUAAACUUGUAGAAUUCCUAAAUCUAUAA